UUUCCUGGCAAAAAAAUUUUUUUUUUUAUAAAACUAAAUCCUUACUUCUUCACUUUGGUUUCUCUCUCUAGAUCUCUUAUGGCUUCCUGCUUCGCUCCCGUUUCCAUCUCAGGUGGUUCUCAUCUCAAGGCACGUGAGGUUUGGUUCACUAAGUCCAGCACCUUUGGAAAAACACCAAGUUUGGCAGUUAGGAGGAAACCAAUGCCAUCCAACCGCCAGUUUUCAGUUUGUGCAGAGUAUCGUGAUGGCAGUAGGGGUGGGGGAGGUGAUUUUGUUGCUGGUUUUCUUUUAGGAGGUGCUGUAUUUGGAACUUUGGCAUAUAUUUUUGCUCCACAGAUUAGAAGAUCACUGCUAAAUGAAGAUGAAUAUGGAUUCCGGAGGGCAAAGCGACCAAUAUACUAUGAUGAAGGUUUAGAGAAGACCAGGCAGACCCUGAAUGCAAAAAUCAGCCAACUGAAUUCUGCCAUUGACAAUGUAUCCUCACGUUUGAGAGGUGGUAAUAAUUCACCUACUGUUCCGGUCGAGACUGACCCUGAAGUAGAAGCUACUAUGUGAGACGUGUUUGUUGCUUAGUAGUCGGCGCAUGAUGUUGAGUUUCAGCGGCUGACUUUUGUCCUUGUGCUUCUGUAAUGAAUUCUGAAUUCACAUAGACAGUGGUUGAUAAUUUUUAUGCAGUUUUGAUAUUAAUAUCGGUUUUGUUGUUAUCCCUAUCAAAACUUGAGUGUAAUACUUGAGCAAAAUUUCCUGUGUUCCUUUCCCCUUAUGAGAAUGCGAAUUAGAGCAGUGAAUUGGGAUUUAUGA